AUGUUUCUUGAUGCUUUUGCCCUUAGUUCAAAUGACUCUCCAAAGAUAUGUAUGAAUUUCACCCACAAAACUCUGUUUGCACGAUAUACUAUUCAACGAGUAACAAAUAUUUCAGUUUCAUAUAUGAAUAUACCUAAUAUUGUUAUAGACAAAAAUGCAUUGAUUACUGAUUCGGAACAAUCUACAGUUUACGAUUGGUGGGGUUAUAAUUACAAUGAAAUUGCAAUUCCUAAAACAGUAACAAAAAUCAGAGAAAGAGUUUUCGAAAAUUCUACAAUUUAUAAAAUCAAUUUUGAAGAGGGAUCACAACUCUCUCAAAUUUAUAACUAUGCAUUUAUGAAUUGUUCAAAAAUAUACUCAUUUAACUUUUCUUCAACAUCUUUGAGUAUCAUAGGAAUGUUCUCGUUUAAAGAUUGUAUUAAUUUAUCUAGAGUAAUAUUUCCAUCGACUAAUUUCCAAAUUAUGAAUAAUGUUUUUGAGAAUUGCAUUAAUCUAACAAAUGUUAUUAAUAUUACCAAUAUCUCUGAUAGUUGUUUUUCAGGUUGUUAUAGAUUAUCUAAUGUUGAAAUUAGAGAAGGAUCAGAGAUUAUUGGAGUUAGAGCAUUUGAUCAUUGUAAUUCAUUAGAAAGUAUUAAUAUUCCAUCUUCUGUUAAAAUUAUAUCAGAUUAUGCAUUCAUCAACUGUGACAAACUCAAAUCAAUCAAUUUCACAGAAAUAAAUAAUUUAGAAAAUUUCUCUAUUAAUUCAAUAUCAAAUUGUCAAUCUCUUUCUAACAUCAGUCGUUUUUCAUCAGAUAAAUACAUAUGUGAUUAUAAUACUAUUUAUUAUAAAAACAAUUCAGAUUCUAAACAAUAUCUUAUUUAUCAUCUUAGUCACUCACAAGAUAUUGUUGUUUUUAUCAAAUGCAAUACAAUUUGUCAAUAUUCAUUCAAUCACAGCAACAACAUCGAAAACAUCAGUAUUUCUAACAACAGUGUUUCACUUAUUGAAUCUUUCUCAUUUAACAAAUGUCUUAACUUAAAAUACAUUAACUUUCCUCUCUCAGUUGAAUUAGUUUCAAGAUUUGCAUUCAAUGAAUGCAAAUCUAUUCGAUGCCCAAUUUUAAUUGAAAAUUCAACAAUCAACUAUCUUAAAAUGAUCAAUGAUUCAGGAAUUCCACUCAAGGUCAUCGUUUCAUGUCAAGUUGUUCGCAACACCAAUAAAAUCGAAUAUUUAAAACGUUUGUAUUAUCAUUCUGUAAAAUUUCUCUAUGUAUGUUAA